AUGCCUCGGCGCCCGCAGACCUAUGAUGAUUAUGGCGCAGCCGUCCAACAGAUCAUCAUCACUUCAUCUGACGCAGACUUUCUCGACCAGCUCAUUCCGGUCCUCAAAGAUGCUUCGCACUCGAAUCGAACCCCCUCGCUGAUGCAAAAUCUCGUGCGAUAUGCCGAAGACAGAGAGUCUGAUAUCGAGAGAAUAGGCUUGACAAAGCACGAGGAGUUUCUUGGUUCCGUGAACCAACUUCAGAACGUGCGCGAAGGCACUGUUACUCUCACAGCAGAGAUUCUCAGAUUGAACCAGUCAAUCCAGGCCAGCACCGAGAAGCUUGCUGACCAGAAGCAAGCUCUGGUCAACACAAGAGCUGUUCGGCAGAAUAUUGCCGACGCAUCGGAUGCUCUGAAAGAGUCGCUCAAGAUCCUCCACGCUGUCAAUCAUGCCCAUGACCUGAUCCGUACUAAAAAAUAUUAUGCAGCACUCAAGUCACUCGAGGACUUGCAGAAUGAGCAUCUGAUUCCGACGAUCCAGAAUAAGUACGCCACUCAGCAUAGACUAGCCGAUGUGAUCCAAAAGUCGAUACCCGCAUCUCAGAAAAUCAUUUCUGAAGCCGUUAUGACCGACCUAAAUACCUGGCUGUUUCGAAUUCGCGAGACCUCACAGUUCCUUGGUGAGGUCGCGUUCUAUCACACCGAACUUAGAAGGGCGAGACAGAGAGAACGUGUGGAGCGAGACAGUUUCCUCAACAACUUCAGACUCAACUCGUCGAUCGAGCUGGUCUUUGACGAAAGCGAAGAGUUCGACGUGCUCGACAACGAGGAGCUACGGGUUGACUUCACCCCGUUGUUCGAGUGCCUUCAUAUCCACAAUGCCCUGGGUCAAAGCGAGAAAUUCCGUGCCGAGUAUGCUACAACUCGUCGCCAGCAGAAAGAUUUACUACUGCCAAGCACGGUGAAUCUUGUUGCAGAGGAUGAAUCCUCCCUGAGCAGUCUCCUCGAAGGCAUUGCUGGUUUUGCCAUCAUCGAGAAGGCGACCAUGAGACGAGUCCCCAACUUGCGCUCUGCGGUUGAUGUUGACGAGCUAUGGGACUCAAUGUGUCACACGGCUAUCACAUUGACCUCCCAGGCCCUCAAUGAAGUCAGCAACGCCGAGAUACUACUCAAGAUCAAAGGCGUUAUAGCUCUUUUCAUUCAAACCAUGGAGGGCUGGGGCUAUUCUGUUUCUAUGCUGGACAACUUCCUGCUUACGUUGUUUGACAAGUAUGCAGAGCUUUUGAAGCGUCGCUUCAGCGAAGACUUCCAGGAGAUUGUGUCAACGGACGACUACAUGCCUAUGGCAAUUAAUACUCGUGAAGAGUAUGAGAAGGUGGUGAACGUUAGCUGGUUUUCCCAAGAAAAACCGCUCGAGGAGCUCAGCUUCCCCUGCGUUUUGCCAUUCUCGCAGAUGUAUCCACUUUGCUGCAUCGACAUUCGCAACUUCUUGAACCAGUUCUACUUCUUCUCCGAUGACCACUUCCAGCAUCCAAAUGUAAUCGACGACACACUUCGCAAGGCAAGUAACAUGGCUGGUUCGCUUGACGAGCUGCUGACCGAAAAGGUUUGCAAGUCUCUCGUCGAGAGGCUGAGCUCACAAUAUCUCGGGCAGAUUGUGCAGAUUCUCAUCAACCUAGAGCACUUUGAAGCCGCAUGCCAGGAGCUUGAGCAGCUUCUUAUCCGAGCAAGAUCGUCUACGUCAGCUGGCGGCCCUGUCACGCUUGUUGCCACUGAAGAAUUCCGAAACAACAAAAAGACAGCCGAGAAGCGUAUUUUCGAACUUGUCAACUCAAAGAUCGAUGACCUUGUGGAUACAGCUGAAUAUGACUGGAUGGUGACUACGACAUCUCCCGACCCAAGCAGCUACAUGCAGACUAUGACCCGGUAUCUUUCGACCAUCAUGAACUCGACGCUUCUAGGCUUGCCAAGAGAAAUUAAAGAGCUCAUAUACUUUGAUGCACUCAGCCAUGCCGCUAACAAGAUUCUUGCGUUGCCACUUUCCCCGGACGUGAAGCAUAUCAACACCAACGCCGUCGCGGCCUUGGCCAAAGACGUUCAGUAUCUCACCGAGUUUGUCGACAGUCUUGAAAACGGAGCCAUGCUACGAGAGAACCUGGACGAACUCCAACAAACGAUCAACCUGAUGCAGUCUGACAAUCACGACGAAUUCUUUGAUAUUUCAAUUCGCAAUAAAAAGUUUGGUCGCGUAGACGCAUUGAACGGUCCCAUCCUACUGGAAAAGCUUACCUCGAAUGCCCAAGGUCCUACACGCAGCGCUCCUCUCGCCAACUUUUCAUCCAGAUUCGGUAUGAUGAAGUGA